AUGAUUUCACCAAUACGACACACGGCAGCCGUUCUGCUCAGUGGCGCCGCCGUCGCCAACGCCGCCACUUAUAGCAUCGCGUCCGCUGCCGACAUCAAACAAACCUCCUCCCUCCUCGCCUGGGACCUUCUCCAAUACUACAAAGGCAACCUCACCGGCCAAACCCCCGGCAUCCUCCCUGGUCCUCCCCCAGCAGGCGAUUACUACUGGUGGGAAGGCGGCGCCAUGUGGGGGACCCUGAUCGACUACUGGAAAUUCACCGGCGACGACAGCUACAACGAUCUCAUCACCCAAGCCAUGCUGUGGCAGGUAGGCCCAGACAAGGACUACAUGCCCCCCAACGUCACCGCCUCCCUGGGGAACGACGAUCAAGGGUUCUGGGGCAUGUCGGCGAUGCUGGCCGCGGAAAACAACUUUCCUGAUCCACCAGAGGAUGAACCGCAGUGGUUGGCGUUGGCGCAGGCCGUGUUCAACACCCAGGCGAGCCCGGACAGGCACGACGAGACGUGCAACGGGGGGUUGAGGUGGCAGAUUCCUUGGUCGAAUAAUGGGUAUAAUUACAAGAAUAGUAUCGCAAACGGAUGCUUCUUCAACCUGGGCGCGAGACUGGCCCGGUACACGGGCAACACCACGUACGCUGACUGGGCGGAAAAGACAUGGGACUGGAUGAGAGGAGUCGGGUUCAUGGACGAAAAGUACAACAUCUACGACGGCGGGCACGUCGAGCACAACUGCACCGACAUCAACCGGGCGCAGUUUUCGUACAACAACGGGGUGUUUUUGCUUGGGGCGGCGUACAUGUAUAAUUAUACAAAUGGCAGUGACGUUUGGCGCGAACGCCUCGACGGUCUCACCGACGCCACCAUCCGCGUUUUCUUCCCCGACAACAUUGCUUACGAGGUCGCCUGCGAGGAGCACAUGUCUUGCACGACGGACAUGCUCAGCUUCAAGGGCUACGUCGCCCGCUGGAUGGCCACCGCCACCCAGGUCGCGCCUUUUCUCGCCCCGAAGGUGUUGCCCGUUCUGCAGAACUCGGCCAAGGCGGCUAUUGCCAGCUGUGUAGGCGAGAAGAACGGACAGAGAGCCUGUGGGUUUAAGUGGUCCACGGGCACCUUUGACGGGAGCCAGGGGGCGGGGCAGACGAUGAAUGUCUUGGGGGCCGUGUCGUCGUUGUUGAUCGGGCAGAGCAGGCCUCCUGUGACAAACUCGACGGGAGGCACGAGCAAGGGGGAUCCGAACGCGGGGAGCCAGAGUGAUAACUUCAAGGACAAGUACCUGCCGCCGACGACGGGGGACAAGGCGGGCGCGGGGAUAUUGACGGUGUUGAUAUUGGUUAGUGUGGUGGGGACGUUUGGGUGGAUGAGCACUGGUGUUUGA